AUGGAAGAAAGAGAAACUGUUGCUGAGUACAUGUUCAGGAUCAAUGACCUUGUCAACAAUAUGAGAGCUCUUGGUGAAGAUAUUAAGGAUGUUGAUGUGAAGAUUGAUGAGCUUCAAGCCUCUCUCACUGCCUAUGAAAUGAGAAUUGGUGUUCCAGUUGUUCAUAGAAGAGAAACUGCUCUUAAAGCAAAGGAAGUUGUUGAAGAAACUGAAACUGAAACAAAGUCUAAAGAUGAUCUUGAAGAAGAUGAGGUAGCCUACCUUGCUAAGAAAUUCAGAAAGUUCAGGUUUAAAAAGAAGAAUCAGCUACAAAAUUUAACCUGUUAUGGUUAUGCUAUUCUUGAAGCACUACAAAUUCCAAUUCAAGUUGAAGAAGAUAGUGACACUAAGAUUGAGGAAAUUCUUGAAGAAUGUGAAAGGCUUGCUGUAAAGUGGAACUUCAAAGUAACCAGAAUGUAUAUGAAGAAGUCUAAUAUAGCUCAAGCUCAGAAGGUCAAGAACAAAGAUUCUAUUGUGAAAUCCAGCAUGAUGUGGAUUCCCAAGAAGUUAAACUCAGUGAAUUUGCUUAUGUAUACAGCUUUCAAGGCUUGUAACAAAGUGGACAAAUGGUAUAUUGACAGUGGCUGCUCAAGACAUAUGACAGGUGACGGCUCUAAAUUUAUCACUCUGAAACAAUUUGAUUAUGGAGAUGUGAUCUUUGGAGACAAUCAGAAAGCUAAAAUUGUUGGUAUAGGUACUGUGAGCAAGUCUGAAGAAUUGCCUAAGAUUCAAGAAGUCUUACUUGUUGAAGGACUCAAACAAAACCUUCUUAGUGUGAGUCAGUUAUGUGACAAUGGGAGGACUGUGUGUUUUGAGAAAGAAAAGUGCAAUGUGGUUGAUCUUAAAUCAAAACAGGUUCUCUUCUCAGCAUGUAGAUCAUCAAGAAAUGUUUAUAUUGUCACUGAAGAAUUCCAAGCUACUCAAUGCAACUUGACAACCUAUGAUGAAGCUAAUCUGUGGCAUAAGAAACUAGGGCAUCUUCAUUCAAGAAAUUUGUCCAAGAUUCUGAAGCUAAAAGCUGUUAAAAGACUUCCUGAACUCAAUUUUAAAGAUGAUCAUCUUUGA